AUGAGAUCAAACCAGUUGUUAGCCAAACAAUCCAAAUGUUACUUUGGUGUGCCUCAGGUGGAGUACUUAGGGCAUGUUAUAUAUAUUGAAGGGGUUUCAACAGACCCUGCCAAAAUAGUGGCAGUCCAAAAUUGGCCUAUGUCUGCUACUCUUAAGCAACUUAUAGGGUUUUUGGGCUUGGCAGGUUACUAUAGAAGAUUUGUAAGGAAUUAUGGUACUAUGGCCAGACCAUUGACUGAAAUGCUAAAAAAGGACAAGUUUCAGUGGACUCCUGCAGCCAAAAUAGCCUUUCAACAACUCCAAGAGUCCUUCACCUCUGCAUCUGUCUUGUCUAUGCCUAAUUUCACAUAG